CGUUGACAUUUCUGGAGGAAAGAAGAAGAUUACCAUUUGGUCUCUUCUUCGAUCUUGAUUUUCAGAAUCCUUCCACAAAACCCUAAACCCUUUCAACCCUAAAUUCAAUCUUCAAUCUUCAAUCUUCAAUCCCUUCUCCAAUGGCUUCAAAUCUCGCUUUCCGGCUGAGAUCGCACCUCCUUUUGCGGUCUUCAGUUCGUUUCUUCCCCACUUUGAAUAACAUUCAAUCGUCCGUCAUACCCAAACCUCCCCCUCUUAUCUCCUCUGCACUUUCCGAUCUUCGUCGACUUCCCAAAGAGACCGUCUUCAAUCUGUCUGGAUUUCGGUUUCUCUCAACUGCACGGCGGAAUCCGACCCGUCCCAAACAGGUCGACAUCGGAGCUCGGGCAAGGCAGCUUCAGACGCGCCGGCUCUGGACCUAUGCUCUGACUUUCAGCUGCAUCGCGGGGUUCAUCGUUAUCGUCCUCAAUAAUUUUGAAGAGCAUCUGCUGUUCUACGUGACGCCGACUGAUGCGCUUGAGAAAUACUCUGCGAAUCCCUCGAAGAAUAAGUUUCGUCUCGGUGGUCUUGUUCUUGAAGGCAGUGUGAUGCAUCCAGCGUCGUCUUCUCAAAUGGAGUUCGUGAUAACGGAUUUGGUCACCGAUAUAUUGGUUCGCCAUCAGGGGUCGUUGCCGGAUUUGUUUAGAGAGGGGCAUUCGGUCGUGGCGGAAGGUUUUAUUAAGCCAUUUACCGAUGAGAUAAGAAAUGAGGUCUCUACGAAGAGUGUUUCGGGAAAAGCGAGGAGUGGGGAAUAUUAUUUUUCGGCUACGGAGGUUUUGGCAAAGCAUGAUGAGAAGUAUAUGCCUGCGGAGGUUGCGGCUGCAAUCGAGAAGAACAAGAAGAAGAUCGAGGAAGGAGAAUUGGGGGCGAAUCACGCUUGAUUCAAUGGGUACAAUUGUUCUCAAUUCAUUUUCUGAUAUUUGUUUCAUUAUACAUACAACAAUAUCUCGAGAGGACAUGAUAAAUUGUUGGUAGUUCAUAUUUAGAAUUUGCUAAAUCAAUAUUCUUGUGAGGUAGUUACCCCCUGGAUGGGGUGAGAGCAAUUGAUUUUGUUUCAAUCUGAGGCAUCUGACUGACAUCUUAAGUUUGUCUUGUAAUACCAAAAUCUUUGGUGAUUCCUUAUUAUUCUGAAUAAAAGGAAAUUACUUAUGGAUGUUAUGUCCUUUUCGUUU